AAAUUGGUACAUAUUGUUGGCAGAUCCCUUUGGAAAUUCAUGUAACAUGGCAUUUUAUGGAAUCAUAGUAAGGAGAGUUCAUUUCGAUUUUCGAAAGAUCCGGCAUUCCUCCUGUGAUUUCGCAUUCUUUACAUCAAAAUAGCAGGCACGGCAUUCACUACUGUAAUUCUCAGAGAAAUGAGAGCAAUAUUUCAUGUACUGGAUCUCCUGCAAACGUUUCGUUCGAUAAUUAUUCCGUCUACCACUCAAUCUACCAACGCUUGGUUUUUCUGUUAUUGCCAGUGCGCAUUGAGAGACACUUGCUACGACACGCUACGAUGGGUUUCACAGAUGUCGAAGAUCUAAAUUCUCGACAAUUCACUCUGCUGACUUGGUUCAUGUGGGGAACAGGCCUCCUCCUCACCACCCUUCGAUUUGCAGUUCGAUAUCACUAUUUUCGAGAUUUCUUCUGGGAUGACUUCUUCCAAGUGAUUGGCAUGCUUAGCUUGACCGCUCUCGCAGUCGUAACCCAGCUCCAACGAGAUAAAAUAUACGCGCUGAAGGCUGCUGCUCCUCCAGAUGGAGAUCCUGCAGAGAGGACGUACAAGCACGUAAUUACAGACGCCACAAGGGACCAAGCAAAAUUGCAAUUCGCUUCAAUAUUCCUCUUCUGGAUAUGCUUGUGGGCGAUUAAAGGAUCGCUUCUGAUGUUCUAUCGACGACUCUUUUACAACUUGCCAAAGUACAUGAAAUGGUGGUGGGCCGCCGCGGUCGCUUGCAUUGCGACAUUUAUUGCUUGUGUAUUGACGAACUUCUUGGAAUGUUUACCCAUGAGUCACAGAUUUGAGCUCGAUCUCCAAGGAUCUUGCCCAACAGACAAUGGCAUUCGUUUCGUGGCUACCACGACUACUCUAGAUAUUCUCACAGACAUAUUCUUGAUGGCCCUUCCCAUCAAACUGCUCAUUGGCUUACGUAUCUCGAUGAAGCAAAAAAUCGGCGUGGGAGUCAUGUUCACCCUGAGCAUUCUCAUUGUAAUUUUCUCGGCCAUCAGAGUCAGCGAAAUCUACACCUCUUUAUCUCAAUUAGACCCCAAUCUAAACGUCAGCUUGGCAUUGUGGUCCAUUCUUGAAGCUGCUGUCGCCGUGGUUGUAGGAGCUUUACCAUCACUCAAAUCAUUGAUGAGGGGCAAAAGAGACUCGAGUUAUGGUUCUCAUACAAGGACUCCGAAAGGACCUUACUUGCGUAGUACAAAUGCUGGAACAAAAGGCUCGAGGGCGUCUAAAGCUCUAGAUCCAACCACGUCUGCUUCGGAAAAUGGCAGAGGCAAGCAGAGAGACGUCGAAGACCUACAGGGUGAUGAAAUCCCUCUCGAAGCCCUUCCGCCCACGACCCCUGAUAAUCUGAAAAGAAGUGGCAUAAUGCGUACCAGGGACAUUGUUAUAAGCUCAUACACACCAAAGUCAAUGGAUAGUCGGGAUGAAGUCACUAUAGAGAGUUUCAUACGUAGUGGCUGAAAGAUCAACAGUAAUGAAG